AUGACGGACACAAAGACGCGCGGAAGCAUCUCGUUGAAGGGCUCGGCCACCCUUGUGCAAGAGUUUUUCAACUUCGGCAUCAACAGCAUCCUCUACCAGCGUGGAAUCUACCCUGCCGACUCGUUCAGACGCGAGAAGAAAUACGGACUCACGCUGCUCGUUUCGACGAAUCCGAAACUCGAGGAAUUCCUCAACCCUCUCCUCAAGCAGGUCGAAAGUUUCCUCGCCCGGAAAGCCCUCAAAAAGUUGGUUGUCGUGAUUCAAGAAGUCAAAACGAAAGAGGUGAUUGAGCGAUGGGAGUUCAAGAUCGAGACCGAAGACGUUAACGAGGAGGGCGAGAAUUCGACACGGCAAAAAGACGAGAAGAAAAUUCGACAAGAGAUGGCCGACGUGAUUCGACAAAUCACCGCCUCUGUCACAUUUCUGCCUCUACUGGAAACGGCUUGUCUAUUUGAUGUGCUGAUUUACACGAAACGCGAUGCUACCGCCGACACACCAGCCGAUUGGACGGACAGUGGAGCCUGUUUGAUCAAAGACGCUGAGCAGGUUCAACUCCGAUCGUUUUCGACGGCCAUACACAACGUGCACACGGCGGUACAAUAUAAGCCGGAUUUG